ACACACACACCAGAAGCAUCUAUCUCUACCAAGCCGUGGCCCAGGGCCAGCUCCCACCUCCUCUAACCACACCUCACUGGGCCCAGCUCCUAGCCUUCUCCUUCGUCAGGUUCCAUGUGCUCGUUUUAAAAACAAUCCCAAUGCCUUCCUUGUAAUCGUCCCUCUCUUGUGGUUUUCUUCCUGAGCCUUUCAUGUCUGCUAUGGUUUCUUUUAGACUUUUGGGAGAAUUCUCUUGUUAGACAUGGUCCUACACUGUAGACACUGUAGAAUUAAUGGGCUUAGAGACCCAGGCUGGGGUCAUUUUCCAUAACUGGGUCAUAUAUGCCAUUUGCUCCCGUUAUUGUCACUUAUCGAUUGAGGAGCCCAUGCAGGCCAGACCCAGAGAGCACCGUUCCCUGUUCUAACUUACAUGGUGAGGUGUUUGUUAUUGAAGAGCUUUGUAUCUAUGUGGCGGUGGUUUGGGGACCAGCUCCCCAAAGCCAGCAGAGUGAAGUUCCGUCCAUGAUGAGGCCCCAGCUGACGCUUCCCCCUCCGCAGCAGCCCAGCUCCACCAACAGGCAGCUUCUCAUCAAACAGACGCUACUGCGGACCCAGGCAGUGAGAACCGCUGUCUUCUGGGUCCUGCUUGGCCACCCUGUCAACGCGCCUGUAGAAUGCUGGACUGCCCACCUGAAAAUGUCUACAGUGGGGUCUGUCUGCUUCACAACAACAGCAACAAAAACAUCUGAACUCUGCAGGGCAGUGUCGCACGCCACUCCUGGAAUAUUUAAAUGUCCAUCACUAAACUGAACUUGUAUCCUGCCGUUGCUGAAGGGAUACCUUCCUGAAAUCUCUCAGCUAGUUGACUGCCCUGAGUCCCCAAAGAAUCCCGAGACACCGAUGGAUAUCAGUUUUGACUGUAAUCUCUGGUAUAUGUUCUUAAAUAACUUCUUUGUUGGGCAUCAAAAGGCUUUUCUCAUUCUCACUGGAUGGGCCCGCAUGUGCCCCAUUUCAGCCCCAUGGGGCAUGGGCUCCUUGUACCCCACAGGGGCCUCCAGAGGCUGUUUUAAGACGGUGGGCUGGCUCGUGCAGGCACACUAACAGGGCCAGGACGACAUCAAAGGUAAUCUUAAGAGAACCUGCUCUCUGCCCCCCUUUGUAUUCAGAAAGGCCAUUUCUAAGCCAACCACGUGCACCAGAGUUUACUUUGUUGUUAUUUUUUCGCUUGUGAUUACAAUAAGUCACUUAUCCCCCAAACGGAUUUAAGAACAAUAAACAAAUACAAAAGGAAAAGGAACAUUUCACUGGUAACAAAGCCUGCCUCUGAAGGCGCUGAGCUUUGUGACUCUCACAUCUCUUUCCAAGCCAAGCAGGAGUCCCACAGAGAAAGGAAUCCAGAAGAUACGAAAAUUAUAAAGAGAGUAAAAGGAUCCAGUUUUAGUCAGGAUCUGGUAAUUUCUGGGGAGAAAUAGGGCUAACUGCACUCUUAGCACUGGAUCCCUACUAAUGCUUAUUUUGUGAUAUAGCUAAAAUUAGUUCAGUUUAUCUGUUGUGGUGGAAGUUCGUAAAUGGCAUUCUCCUCACUUUUCCUGAACUCACAAUGAAAAUUGAAUUGGGCAAAAACCGACCUGUGUGCAGCAUUGGAAGCUGAAGGGGCACCGUGCUGACCAGUCCCAGAGAAGGACACCCUAGGGCGCUGCCCGCAGAAAAGUAACUUCUGGUGGACUCCCACACCUUUCUCAAUCCUGGAUUUUCCCUUCCAAGGCAGAGGCAGAUACUAACACUGUGCAAUCUGGCCCAAUUAUAUUCCCCCCUUUUCUCCCCCCCCCCAUAGGUUUAAUGAAGGACUUGGAGGUACAAUUCAUCGUUGAUAAAUAGUCCCUCUGCCCAGAAUGUUUAUUAGACUGACAGCAGCAUGCACUCUCCUUGCUUUUUCCCUUGCCACUUAUGACUCAGAUGAAUUUUAAUAGGAGCAAAAAGCUUUUAUUUGCACUGUAAUUUCACUUAAGGAUCAUAUCCUUCAGAAACUGGCAGAUGCUUGUAUGUCUUGAUUGCAAAACACACACUCAGGAGUAAAGAAACAUGCAAAAGAUGUUAUUAUUCAACCUGUCACAGUGUCGCAAUUCUACUCGGAACCUAGGCCAUCAAAGCUCUUCAUCGGGGCCCUCCCCUCUCCUUUUAAAGAGGCCCUGCAAAGAGCCUACUUGGAGGUCUCGCUGCCUCUGUACAGAAUCCAAGGGCAAAUUGGAUUUCGUCUUGGCGUCGCUGCCAUCAUGGUGCCCACAGGAGGCCUCGGGUUGCAGCAGCUCUCCUCAAAGCGGGCUGCCCUGGUGCCGCUGCCGCUCGCCCCAGAGGUUUGGUUGGUGGGAGUCCAGAAGUCUUCAGUAGCUCUUCCUCCAGCCAUUUCUUUUCCUUUCCGUUUGGAUGAAUCAAAUCAAAACGGAUUCCCAGAGAUAGGAUUUUUUCCUGUCUGGUAGAAAUUCUCUAUUAGAAAUGUUGAGUGGGACUGGACCCACUUUAAUGUGCCUCCUACAAGAGGGGCCCUGAAACCCUUGGCUGUGCACAUUGUGUGUGGAAAGCCUUGAUACUCUGCCCCCAGCUGGGAAGGUGUUCUCCCCAUCCUGUCAUGGCAGAAAGACUGCGGGAUGUGCUUAAAAAGGCAAGCUGACUUUUUCAGUUGCCAAUGUAACAUUUUAUGCCAUUGGAAAAGAUCUGAAUUUUAAAGAUUGUUCACCCAAAACAAACACUGAAACCCUUUGUCUUAACUUGUGGGUGCACACAGUGCAGCGGCUCUCUGGCGGGUGCGGGAGUCCUGCGACAGCGAUCUGCUGCCAUCUACUGAUGUGAGCUCACAGCGUUGCCGCCUCAGUCCUCAGCUGACCCAGCCCACCAGUCUGCCUUUCUCAGCACAAGUUUGUAAGCCGUGAAGGGACACCGGCAGAUCCAUACUUUUGUCUUUGUGAAGUGUUAAGAUGUUUUUCUCAGGACUCCAGGAUGAUUAUUAUGUAUUGCUAAUUAAGGAGUUGUUUUUGUUUCAAGAAAUUUCUUAGAUGGCUGACUGACAGUAAGAAAGUAUAAGAAGAUGAUGUAUUUGGGUGUUAUAUACAAGGAAUUUAAGCAUGUGACUUAAAGGAUAUUGGAAUUUUCCUUUAAAAGCUAAAUCCUGAUUUUAAAUGAGUGCUGCUUUGGAGGAAAAGUUCAUCUUUUAAACUCCUUACUUUUUUUUCCCCCC